UGCGUAGCCGCCCACAGUUGUAUUCAAUCUGUUUCGUUUUGGUCUAUUUCUAGUUAUUAUUGCGAUGUCACGUUGUAUGUAAGCUUUUUAUUAUUCAUAUUCAGCAUAAACAUUCAGCUUGGUUAUAGUAAUAUACAUUGUUUGUCCAAGAAUAGUCAUGAUAUCGCAUUGCAAAUGGUUCAAUUGUGGUAGAUUUUUGUUCGGUAACCAGACACUACGCAUUAGUAAGUUAUUAUUAACUUGUGGUUCCAUCGCUGGUUAACAGAAAUUCGGGAUGGUAUAUUAUAAAGAACAAAAAUGUGGUUAGCAACCUGUUGAACUUUGUCUUUUAACCAAUACUUCUAUGUCCCAUGAUCACGCCGGCAAAAGAAACAAGUUACAUCGACUUGAGCAAAAUAUUUUUCUUUACCUUUCAAAACUUAAUUAUUCAGACCUAGUUAAGUUUCGGAAGCAAGGUCAAGUCCACAAUGUAAAGUAAACAGUAAAUGUAUACAAAUUGGUGAUCAUUAAUUCACAUUGACACAUACCUACAUUUACGAACUGGUAAAUCAGUAAGCUACAUUCUUUAUACUGCUAUGAACAAAGAGUAUAUUAAAAUCCUUCAAAUUUUCUAAAAGAAAUUGCGUUUACUGAAUUUGAACAUACAAGAUAAAUGGAUUAAUUUAAUCAUUAUGGGUGGUUAUGAAGAUAUGGAUUAUGAUAAAGUGACAUAAGUUAUGAUGUCAAUAGUUGUAAAACACUAUCAUGCAAGAUUUACUGUUACUCAUGGAUUUUUGUAAACAAAUCAAAGAUGCAUGCUUUCUCAACUCUUCCAUUAACCUUUUUGGGCAUAAAUAAUUUAAAACAUUUUCAGGUGUUUGAAUAUCUGCAUCUUAUUAGGUUCUUCUUGAGUUUCAACAAAUAUACAACUUAUACAAAACUGAAGAAAGACAACUUCAAAUAUGUAUUUAACUUUGACAAUUGCAAUCCUAAUUGGAAAACUAGAUACAGAUAAAAUUUAUGCUAUAAAUUACUUGAGUUCCUGAUAAGGUAUACAUUCUGAUUAACUAAAAAGUUAAGGAAAUGCAUUGGCUAGAAUACUCAAUAUAUAUUUUUUAUGUUGUAAAAAUCAAAGCAGCUAAGUAUUUAUGUAGUUUACAUAUGCCAUUAAUAGAUCAACUCUAAGUUAAGGUGAAAUUUUUGGUAAAUUGGUACCCAAGUUACCAAUUAUAUAAAAGAAAUGAUGUUUCAUUAGUAACAUGACAGAUGAAGAAAGUAUUCAAGUAAGAAAAAAUGUUUUCGAGAAACUGUAUUUAGAUUGAAUAAUAUAUCAUACUUGUAAUUGAGUUAAAUUGAAUGCCUUUGGUAAAUGCACUUGGAGAUAUCCAUUCGUAUAUUUCUUUCUAUAAUCAUCUUAAGGUGUUUUCAAUUUCCCAUAUUUAAUGGGAAAAAUAAAGCACACUGUGCCAACGUCAUAAAAAUGCAUUGGAGAUAAGCCCCUUGAUUUAUAAAGACAAAAAUAAUAAAAGUCAUAACAAGAGAAAAUAAAAAAAUUAUGACUUGAGUUCUAAGUACAGCUUAGUUAAUUUUCUGGCACUGGAAUAGUAUCUUUCAAAGCUCAAACAUAAUAGUACACUCUUAUAUCCAAAAAAAUAACUGUUCUGAUAGUUUAAUGCAUAAAACUUUUUAAGGCUUAUUAUUCUAAAAGGGAUGACAAUACUGCCUAUAAAUUCGGGUCGCAAGUUAGUGUAGGCUUAACCGCUGUUGGCCGCACAGCCUGAGAUGCGCAGGCGCCGCUCGCCACGGGCAGUUCGAGCUAUGAGUCACAGCCGCCCAAAAUAACUUGAGAAUGGGCGCCGCCUACCGCCCGGGGCGGGCGGCACGUUGGUUGGGCUCAGUGGCAGCUGCGACGCCGCCGCAUCUAGAGGAGCGGUCGAGGUGGAGCGCGCGAGCCUCGUAUUGACACACGGGUGGUGGCGGCGCCGGCGCGGGAUGCGCCGCCAUGCCGGUACGACACCGCGAACUCGGCGACGAGCUCGCACCCCCGGAGCCCAAGCGCUGCAGGCACUGCGACGAGAGUCGUUCAUCGUGUGGCGGAGGCGGCGGCUCGGAGGGCUCAGAGGGGCGUGCGUCGUGGCGCGUGACGCUGGACCACGACCUCGUGGAGACCCUGAGCGCCAUAUACCCCGAGUGGUUCAAGCCGCAGCACCGCCGGGAGCGCAGCCGCGCGGCCUCGCCGGUCUCGCCCGCAUCUCCGCCGCGCACGCCCGCUACUCCGCCUUCAGACGAUACGUUCAGUAGUUCCGGUGCGGAGGAGAUGGCCGGUCGGCAGGCGAGCAGCAGCGGCGCUAGCGAGCCGCCGAGCUCGCCGCGCGUCUCGCCACCGAAGGUGGUUGUCGAUGAUAGCCCCCUGCAACCAGCCAUGGGGAAGCACAAAGAAUCUUUAAAAGUGAAGUUGAUGAUGCGGCGCCCAAUUAACCAGCUCGUAGCUCAAGGAAUAAUGCCGCCCCUCAAAACACCACCGGCAUAUUUCGAGCAAUGCAAACAGCUCGAGAGGGCUAAGACAGGGGACUUGCUGAAAGCAAAAAUACAGCGAAGACCGGAUCGUCAAGAACUGGAACGACGACACAUAUUGGAACAGGAGAGCCAUGUAGAUCCUAGCUUAGCCGAAAAGCAGCGCAUGUUAAAAAAAGCGCGUUUAGCAGAUCAGCUAAAUGACCAACUGUCACAUCGUCCCGGCCCACUGGAGCUCAUAAAGAAAAACAUACUACAUACAGAGGAAACCAUAGAAACUGCAGUCAAAAGUGGAACACUCGCGUUUAAAGCAACAAGCGAAGGCGCCUCGGGGCGACCUCAACAUCCCUCGUCAUAUUGUGGACCGCCCGAUGAAGUAUCUCCGUCACCUUCACCGCCGUCUACUCUCUCGCCGGUCAGCAUCGCUUCACCGCCACAACAUCCAGCACCCGGCAAAGAUAAAAAUAGAAAGAAAAGUAAACAAAAACAACAACCCAAAGCAAGGUAUAAAUUUCAUGAAUACAAGGGGCCAACCAAUGCGGCGAAGGCAUCCUCCCCGCCGGGCUCGGUGGAGACCCCGUACGAGCUCCUCCUGCAGCAGCAGCAGCUACUGCUCCAGCUCAUGCUGCCCGCGUCGCCGGCGCCCUCGUCCGCCGCGUCCGACUCGUCCGACGCGUACCCCGCGCCGCCGCCGCCGCCGCCCGUGCCCGCCACCGUCGCGCUGCUCGCUCCCGCGCGCUUCGAGGACAUGAAAGUGUCCGAUUUACGCGCCGAGUGCAAGCGCCGGAAUCUACGCGUCUCUGGACCCAAGCCACAGCUGAUCGACCGAUUGCGACCAUUCCUCAUAGAGAAGCAAGAGGAAGCACCAAAAUCUCCAGCAUCGGUAGCUUCGUUUGCGUCAAUCGCAUCUCCGGAAGUAAAACUAGAACCGGAACCACCCGAGGAUAUUGUGCAAUCACAACGGAGGCAGAUAGAAGAACUAGAGCGUAAGUUGGAAGCAUCGCGGCAACAGUUGGAGGCGGUGCGACGCGAGGCCGCGGGCGCCGCGGCCAGCGACCAGAGCCGGCGGCUGCUGCAGGCGCACCUGUGCGUGACGCAGCUGCGCGCGCAGCUGGACGCGCUGCAGCAGCCGGCCGCGCCCGCGCCGCCGCCGCCGCGCUACGUCAUCGCCGCGUCCGACACGGCGCCCGAGCGCCUCGUGCGCCUGUUCACCGUGACGCCGCCCGCGCCCGGCCAGCCUGAUGGCGCCGCUGACUCUACCCCGCAGAAGGCCGCCAACCCCGCCUACAUCCUCAACGGAGUGAAGGUGGUCCCCAUCGCCAUCCUGCCGACGGCGCACUACGAGCCCGAGCGCGCGGCGCCGCCCCCGCCUCCGCCGCCUCCCCCUCCGCCGCCCCCCAUGCCACAAGUUCCACUUUCCGCGACAGUACACGACGUGGAAAAUAGUCAAAUAAUGGAUGACGUUCUCGAAAUCCUGGUUGAGAACGGUGAACUACCACCUUCCGCAGUCGGAGAAACAGCAGCUGCUCCAGCAUUGAAUACAAGCUAUGUCUCAAACGGACCGACUACAUUUACACCAACAGAUGUGCUUACGGAUGACGUACUAAAUGAUAAUCACGUCCGCGAUUCGCUCGCUGCUGAUGAACUUCAGAGAGAGCUCGACGAUAUUCAAAAUGAAAUAAUGAAUCACGCAGACCUACAAGCUGUAAAUGCAAAUCAUCGAUGCCAUGUUGACUCGUCGACAGAUAUUGAUACAGAUAUCACAGUAGACUUACUUUCCAAUAGUGAGUUUCACACAGAUUUCGGCUCCGAUCCCAAUUCAGUGGACAACGAUGACUUUUUUGGCAGUCUACUAUCAGGCGGAGGUGAGGACAGAAUGGAAGAUAAAUCACAGACUGCUAUGGAUAUCGGCGAAGACGUCCCGGAAAGGAUGAGCAUGACCCCGUUGACUAACGGUGAUAUACUCGAUCACACCCGAACCGGGUUCGAGUAUAUGGACGAUCUUUCACUACCGUCGUUCCAGAACGAGGAGUCCCGUCACGACACUUUUGAGGAGCGUCCUUGCGAAUUCGACUUGAAGGACUUCGGCAUCGACACGAGCUCGCACAUGAACGUGGACAGCGACGUGUAUGACUACAUGGACACAGAGCUGAUCCCCAACCUGUUCGGGCGCGGCCACGUGCCGCAGUGCGACCCGCUGCUGGGCGGCGUGUUGUCGCGCCCGGCGCCGCGGCCCGCGCGCAAGCACUACUCCUGGGACCGCAUCGAGUUCGACGCCACCUGACCCGCUCCGUCCGCCGUCUUCUCUGGCUGUCGCUCGCUGACGAUGCUUCUUCUAUGAUCUCUGACCGCCUCUCGUUGCCGCGUCCUUCCGCUGGCGGUUAUUUGUACAUUGUAUUGGAGUGACCUCUGUUGACUUACAGACGAUGUGUGUGUGCUAAGUGAACGUUUCUUAUGACCGAGCGCUUGCCACCGAGUGGUGACGAUCGCUGCGCUAGUCUCUUUGUGACUCGUUCUUCCAUAAUGACUUUUAUUUAAUGAAGACUAGACUUAAGAGAUGUGAAACACAAAGUGUUUACAUAUAGAACCUAUGAUUUACGUUAUUAGUAUAUGGUACUUAAUGCUGGUACGGAACGUUUGUGUCGCUAGUUGUUAAUAAUAGAUGAAUGGUUAACUUACUUCACUAGUGAGUGUCAGCGCAACGCUAACGCGUGUGCAGGCGGCAUACUUGGCUCACAUAUAAUAAGUCCGUUUUAUUUACUAUUUAUAGGCAUAAUUAUUAUCUACUUAUGUAUAUAUUGAGAAUAAUAAUACUCAACAUAGUUGUGGAUUUCUGCAUUCCGCCCGAUGACUAAAACUUAGGGGAAAAUUAUCAUAAGAAAAGUUGUUUUUGUUGAGGCACAGUCAAUCUAUGAGUCACCUGGUCACGUACACAUUGUGUUAAUUAUAAUUAUACGAUAGAAACUACUUAAGAUUGAUGUUGUGUCAAUUAUUAAAGUCCGCUUGAUGCUGUCCCUGAGCGCAUGGAUAGCUAUUUCCCGAAUCAAUAAGUGACAUUCCAGUCUUGUUGAAGUGCAAAAUGUGGCACAGGAGCACUUGUUUCUACUGUAUUUUUGUUUAACAAUUUUUACGAAAUUAUUAAAUUUUAUUUGGAUUUAGUGAAAAUUGUAAAAUUUAGGAAAAUAUUAGAGAACAAGGUGCACAUUCACAAGCCAUCGUCAUGGGUGGGACCAGCUUGGGAACAAUGUUAGAUAUGAAUUCAUUUAGAUAACUUAGGGAGCCGGCUCCUCGCAAUCUAACAAUUAUGCAAGCACUCUCGAACACAAUUUCACUCGUUAAUUGUACACAUAACUGUCUCUUAUUCAUGUAUACCUGCAGAUCAACAUUAUUAGUGUAAAAUGUUAUACAAAAUUAUUAUAAUUGUUGAGUUGACCUAGAAGAACUAUUUUAAUUAACAUUUAACGAACAUAACAUUCUUAAAAAAUAUAUCAUUCCAUUAUAAUGUCUAAAAUGUAGGAUAGGUGCACCAUUAUCAAUAAGUUGUUGUAAUUGAUUACGCAAUGUUACCGGCUUGUGAUGAUAAUUAGUUUAUGCCUUGGAGACCCUCAAAUGUCUGGACCAAUUUUUUUUUAAUGAGAUUAAGCUGAGUUUAGCAAGCGAUAAAAAAAAUGCCAUUUUAGAGUCAAUGCGGCAAGUUACGCAAUGUCGCAAUCUAGUUAAAACCAUUAAUUUUCCUUAGUAAAGAAAGUUAUUUGUCGAUUCACAUUCAGUGCGCUUGCAUAAUUGUCAGAGAGCAUAAUUAUAAUUUAUUUAUAUUUUAUUGUCCUUCAAAGUGUACUUACAGGUUUUUUGUUUCUGUUGUAUUUCAUUACUAUGUGUGAGUGUUUUUACUAAUGUAUUUGAAUAGUAUCACGUUUUAUUUAUCUAGCGGCGUUUACCUUUGCUUCACAAGAAGAGGAUUAGAUAAAGUUAAAUUUGGAAUCGAAAAAUAUUGCCAUUUUUUGCAUUUACAAUUUAUUUAGUUUUUGAAUACUUGUUGCUACAACGAAUCAUCAGUUUCGGAAAACUGCCCUGCAAUGUGCCAAUAUGUUCAGUAUAAGGUUUUUGUCAUAUUUCAAGCAAAGUGGCGUGGAAACAUUUUCCUAAAUUAUCAGAUGCAUUUUCACGCAUUAAAAUCUUGUGUAUUGGUUGCAAAUAUUUGUGUAUGGAUAUGGGAGUGUACUUUACAUAUUUAUUACAGGACAUUAAAGUACAUUCGCGUAUGGAACGGUGCUAUUUAAAGUUAAUUAUUGUCUUUUAUAAAACUUAAUUUAACUUUGCGUAAUUUGUAUAUUGGAUUUAUAAACGUGUGGCUCUAAAAUAUAAGAAAACAAUAUUAACAAUUACUUAUAUCAAAAAUGUUUCGGACUUUAAAAGUUUGAGAAAAUACAGAGCCAGCGAGUGGGCUGCGUUCGAAAUUAUCAAAACAGGGCUUGCAAAUUGAAAUUUGCUUUAUUAUUUAAGUAAUAUUCCAUUAUCUAAGUGAAUUAUACGGAAUCUUUUACACUAGAUUUAACUAUAUAAAAUCUAUUUGCUCAUUAUCGAAAUUGUACCCAUAUUAGUCAAAAUAUAUUCGAAUCAUUUAGGGGAAGACCUCCUGUGUGUCUGUUCCCAUGUAAUAACAGGCCUAGUGUGUUAAUUAGCUUUGUAUUUACUCUUUUCUGCAAGAGUUUAGUUUAAAUGUAUUUAACGAGAUACUAAGUGAGAUUAAUGUUUGAUAAAUAGCAUAUUAUCUGCAUAUUUGUUAUUAUUGUUGUAAUUAUUUUAGGGAGAGUUUUAAUAUUUGUUUGUGAACUAAGUUAUAUCCAAAUCCGACAUUGUAAGUAUUUUGCACUAAAUAUUUAUAUACUUACCUAGUUUGCUCUCUGCAAUAUUUAUAUUUGAUAAUUAAUUAAUCGGCUUUGUUAAACUUUACUAAGUGUUUUUACAUACCUUUAUAUACUGACAGACUAGAUAUAUUUAUCUGGAUAGGUAAGUUUUAUGAAGCAAUACCCGGCUUUAAGCCAUUGGUCUGUAGCAGAGCCAAGUAUUCAAUAAAUUUAAUAUAAUGUGAUAACCACAGGAGUCGGAUCUGUAGUGUAACUGGAUAGUUUUUUUACCUUGCCCUGUAAUGAAGCCUUGUAAAUAUUUACCAAGCCUUUAUUAGCAUAAGGAGAGAAUGUUAAAUAAAAAGUUUUUGACAUAAA